UCGUUAGUCCAUUGUACUGCUGGCUUUAAAAAAGUAUGUGGAGACAAAUAGCUUUCGCUAUCGUGCUCGUACAAUUGACUUACCUGGUGGCCACGCUCGGAAUCAACGGUCCGGCGAAAAGACCCGGCGAUAAGCUGCUCUUCGCUCACGUGAUUUACCGUCAUGGCAACAGAACACCAGUCGGAACAUACCCCACCGAUCCGUGGAAGGAUGUCAGUAACUGGCAGACUGGCCGGGGAGAACUGACAAAUGUUGGCAAACAAACUCAACUUCUUCUGGGACGAUGGUUACGGAAACGCUAUAACAGCCUCAUCAGCGAUUUCUAUUCGACGGAGGAUGUCUACGUCCAGUCAUCUGAGUACGAUCGAACAAUCAUGAGUGCUUUAGCUAAUCUAGCUGGAUUCUAUCCGCCAAAAGGUAAGGAUAUUUGGGACAAAACUAUCGACUGGCAGCCUAUUCCUGUUCAUCAGAUUCCAAGAUCGUUGGACAACACCAUUGCAAGCAGCAAACCUUGCGCCAGAUACGACGAAGAGUUGAAGAGAUAUUUACACCGAGAGCCAUUUCGGUCAUAUAAUCGAUCGAUAGCCUCCGUGUAUGAAUACCUAAGCAAGCACACUAACAUGACUGUCGAUAACUAUACAAGUCUGGUCACUAUCUACGAUGUCUUGCAUAUUCAGCAUUUGAGCAAACUCAAGCUUCCCGAGUGGACACGGACGGUGUAUCCGGAACCACUGACAUGUAUUUCGGCUACAUUCUACAGGCUUCCCACUAGCACCAUUCUGAUGAAACGUCUAAGGGGCGGUCCUCUAUUGAAGGAAAUACUGAAUCGAUUCCAACAGAAGAUCAACAAAACCCUGCAACCAGAUCGGUCCCUCUGGAUUUACAGUGGACACGACAUCACCAUUUUGAGCCUACUGGAUGGUUUAGGAGUUCUGAAAACACACGUCCCAUCGUUCGCUGCUUGUGUCAUGAUCGAACUGAGCACUGCGGUCGAUGGGAAGCCGUUUGUAUCGUUGUUUUACAAAAACAGUGACGCCGAACCAGAGACGAUGGUCAUUCCCAACUGUGGCACGAGAUGUCCACUGCAGAAAUUCGGCGAACUUUACAAGCAUCUCAUUUCAGAGAAUUGGGAGAAAGAGUGUGCGCUGUAG